UCCACACGGGCGACCUAUCACUGAACGGGGAGUUUGUUGGACGGACAGUUUGAGCACGUUUGGCGUGUGGCGAAAAUACUGGCUUCAGGCGUGGGCCUGUUUCGGCUCCAAGCCUUGUGGCACCAGCGAGCGGGGUGCGUGAUGGGUCGCAGGCAACGCCGAAGACAGCAGCAGAGCCGAGAGGGAGGCUCCCAGGCCUGGCCCGAUAGUGGGUAUCCUGACAUCGUGAAGGAGAAUGCGUCGUUUGAACACUACUAUGGGAAACUUGGCAUUGUGCCUCAGGAGGAAUGGGAGAGCUUCCUGGCGACUCUGAGGGAGCCUCUGCCAGCCACUCUGCGGAUCACAGGAUAUAAGAGCCAUGCCAAAGAAAUUCUCCGUUGUUUAAAGGAGAAGUAUUUCAAGGAGAUAGAGAAUCUGGUGGUAGAUGGUCAGAAAAUUGAAAUGCCGCAGCCAUUAAGCUGGUAUCCAGAGGAGUUGGCAUGGCAUACAAACCUAAACCGAAAAGUCUUGCGGAAAUCUCCACAGCUAGAAAAAUUUCAUCAUUUUCUUGUUAGUGAAACUGAAUGUGGAAAUAUUAGUCGUCAGGAAGCUGUCAGCAUGAUCCCUCCAUUGCUUCUUAAUAUUCAGCCUCAUCAUAAGAUUCUAGAUAUGUGUGCUGCACCUGGGUCCAAGACUGCCCAGCUUAUUGAGAUGCUGCAUGCAGACAUGAGUGUUCCUUUUCCAGAGGGAUUUGUAAUUGCAAAUGAUGUUGAUAACAAACGUUGUUAUCUGCUAGUUCAUCAGGCAAAGCGGUUGAACAGUCCUUGCAUUAUGGUUAUUAAUCAUGAUGCCUCAAGUAUCCCUAAUAUACAGAUCAGUACAAAUGGGAAAAAAGAGAUUCUCUUCUACGACAGAAUAUUAUGUGAUGUUCCUUGCAGCGGAGAUGGAACACUGAGAAAAAACAUUGAUAUAUGGAAAAAGUGGACUACACAUAAUAGUUUGCAACUACAUGGACUACAGCUAAGGAUUGCAACUCGCGGAGUUGAGCAGCUGGCAGAAGGCGGUAGAAUGGUGUACUCUACCUGUUCAUUGAAUCCUAUUGAAAAUGAAGCUGUCAUUGGUUCUCUGCUGGAAAAAAGUGAAGGUGCCUUAGAACUUGCUGAUGUCUCUUCUGAGUUGCCAGGUUUGAAAAGGUUGCCAGGCAUUACACAGUGGAAGGUAAUGACCAAAGAUGGUCAUUGGUUUGAAGACUGGAAAGAAGUACCUUCUAGCAGGCACACGCAGAUUCGCCCCACAAUGUUCCCUUUAAAAGAUGAACAGAAACUUAAAGCAUUACAUUUGGAGCGCUGUUUUAGAAUUUUACCACAUCAUCAGAAUACUGGAGGUUUCUUCAUUGCUGUAUUAAUUAAAAAAUCCCCUAUGCCAUGGAACAAGCGUCAACCUAAGGUUCAGAAUAAGCUGCCUCAGAAGACUGGAGAUUUAAUGCCUGUAGAUGCAGAACAGGAUUCUUCAGAAAGUGAAGGCCAUAUAGUCCAAGAUGCAAAAGAUGGAGAGACCUCAGUAACAGAGAGUGUGGAGAACAAGAAGGAAGGUGUUUGUGGACCACCACCAUCUAAAAAAAUGAAGCUUUUUGGAUAUAAAGAAGAUCCAUUUGUUUUUCUUCCUGAAGAAGAUCCUUUGUUUCCUCCUAUUCAGAGCUUUUAUGCACUGGAUCCUUCAUUCCCUAAGAUGAAUUUGUUAACUCGUACUCAAGAAGGAAAGAAAAGGCAGGUGUAUAUGGUUUCCAAGGAGAUACGGGAUGUACUGUUAAACAACAGUGAAAAGCUAAAGGUUAUUAAUACAGGAAUAAAAGUGUGGUGUCGCAAUAAUGAUGGAGAACAAUUUGGUUGUGCCUUCAGAUUAGCACAGGAGGGCAUAUAUACAUUGUAUCCUUCCAUCAAUGCCAGAACUAUUAAAGCUGGCAUAGAAGAUAUUAAAAUUUUGUUAACAGAAGAAAACCCAUUCUUAAGCAGAUUCAGUAAUGAAACAUGCAGUCAAUUGAAUGGAAUGGCUAUGGGGAGCAUAGUCUUGAAAUAUGAACCAGACCCAAGCAAACAAGAAACCCAUCAGUGCUCUAUUUUGCUGUGUGGUUGGCUUGGCAAGACAUCCCUUCGUGCCUUUGUGCCCAAGAAUGAGAGGUUGCAUUACCUGAGAAUGAUGGGACUCGAGGUAUUCAAAGCAAAGAGGAAAGAAGAAAAUUUAGAAGGUCAGUUGGAAGCAGCAUCUAUAGACCCUUCGGGACAAGUGCUGGAAGAAAUGGAAUUUGAAUGUAAAACCAAAAACAUCAAUCAGUUACCGACAGUAAUAGAAGAUGAAUUGAAUGGACAUCCUGAAAAAAAAUUAAUGGAAGCCAGCAUAGUAGGAAACCUUUCUUCCGUUGACAAAGAUGAAAAUACCAAAAAUACGCAAAGCAAAAGUAAUGUUGACAUUACUGAAAAAAAAGACUAAAAAGUCAAUUUGCAUUGACUAUCCCUGUGCAUUUUUUAUAAUUAUGUGCUGCAAAGCAUCUAAAGAUAAUUUUAAUAAAAAAGCUAUUUCAGUUGCUGAGAAAUGUGGUACCGAAUUAUUUUACAAGAGUUUUUUCCCAAUCUUUUUUUUAUAUAAAUUAUUUUAAUUAAAUAAACACGCUGAUGCAAUCACUUUGGUGAAUCUGUUUUUACCAAUGGAUUUUGCAUCACUAAAAUGACAUUUGUCAGUGUAGAAAUUAAAUAGAUUUAUUGCUAUAUGAAUGUAAAUUUUAUUAUGAUUUUCUUCUAUAAUUUAUAAUAGAUUUCUUUGGGAGAGAAUUUUAUCUUUUAUACAUUCUUAAUAAUUGUUAUUGUUCCUCUGAAUUCAUGCAAUGAAAAUGAACUAUGUUGUCAGCAUACAGUAGCUUAGAUUUGAGCUGUGUGACUAUGAAUCUCAAAAUUCAGUUUCCAUCUGAAACCUAUGUAUUAGUUUUAUACCAUUUUCUUUCCCCCAAACAUGGAUUUUAUAUCCUGAUAAUUGAUUUCAGAUUGGGAUUCAGAGAAACAUCUGAAAAAUCAAUGCUACUGUAUUCACACAAAAUCUGUGCCAAAGUUUUAUAAUGAUUUGUUCCAGUAACCUUGGGUUACCAGAGAGGGUAACUUGACACACCCUGUAGAAAACUACAGCUUAUACCAAAAUCACAUCUUUCUUUUGACCCAAAUUAAUGCUAAGAUUGAGUACCAGUUUUGUAUCACUUCAUUCCAUGGCUGCCUGGAUUUUGUACCACCAUAAUCAAGGUGGUACAGGCAUUUGAUGUCUUGGUUCAGAGGAAAUACUUAAAACCCUCAAUCUUGUUGUAUUCACCCAAAACCUAUGCCAGAGUUUAAUAUUGGAUUUGUCCCCUCUAAUAUGGGUUUUGUACCCCCUCUUCCAAGCAUGGGUAUCUGAUGAGGAAUCCCUACCCCUGGAACACAAGUAUAGAUGCAUCAGAAUUGAUUGUGCUAGCUCUGUGAAACUCACCAUUUUUAUUUAUUUAUUUAUUUAUGUGCCUUGCAUGUACUUCUAAAGAUCAAGACAUACCAUUAGAAAUUGUGCCAGCUCUUCAAAAGUCCUUAGGUGGUAAUGGAACCUGAUUCUUAAUACUUUUGUCCCUUUCUCCAUAAAAAGAAAAGUUCACUGAUUUGGAAUCAUCCAACUGAACAGAGUGGGAAUUUCUUUUGGGUGAAAAGCUUGGAGUCCCAUUUUAACGUACCAUGCUUUUAAAGCCAUGAUUUGAUUAAGGGGCUGGCCUUGGAAUGGGGAAACAAGGUUUAAGCCCACCCUCAGCCACAGAAGCUCACGGGCAAUCACACUCCCUCAGCUCAACCCACCACACAAGGGAGUGGUUUUGGGAGGGAAAUAAGAGGGAGCGCUAUGUAUGUUGCUUUGAGCUCCUGAAUGAAAGUCUGGAUAUAAAUCUAAUAAAAUAAGUUCCUCAUCAUCAAA